CAGACUUUUAAAACAAAAACAAAAUAAAAAAAGUUCCUAUAAUGUUUGUAUAAGAAGGGAUCCAACCAAACUAUUAACUUCAAUUCUUAGUCUGUAUUGUUCUUCUAUUGCAGGGCUAAUCGCUUCACUUUAUGUUGGCUUGUUUUAGACUUUCCUAACAAGUAGGACAAUAUGACAGACAACCUAAGGAAGGUAUCAAAAAAAAAGAGUUUGAAGCAAACCAUUAUUCAGCAUUCUUAACAUGUCUUUCUACAGAAAUCCAUUUUCAUCAUGAAGAUGUUCCACAUCAUAUAUACGCAAAUGCUUCGGUAAAUGUCCUACUUAUACCCAUCAACUGAACCAGAUUGUACCAACUCUCAGCUUUUAUUUCUUUAGUAAAACCUUUGGAUUUGUAUUUUCUUUUUUCUAUUUUACUAUAUUUUAAAUCAGUUUGAGAUAAACUCUCAGUAAUAAAUCACGUUCGCAAUGUCAUCACCUCAAAGAGGAAAUCUUUUGACUCGUGUCAAGCGUAUUAUACCACCAUUGUCUGGAUCGGCGCAUAAGGGACAAGCUGGCCGAGUGGGUAUUUUUGGUGGAUGUCAGCAUUAUACCGGAGCUCCUUACUAUUCUUCGAUGAGUUCUAUGCUCUUUGGUACUGAUCAGAGUCAUAUCUUCUGUGAAAAGAAUGCCGCAAAUGUUAUCAAAAGUUAUUCUCCUGACCUAAUUGUACAUCCUUUCUUGCGAGAAAAGGAAAACAAAAAUCCUGGUGACUCCAUUGAUGGUAUCCUGGAACUUGUUAAACCUAUGAUGGAACGGUUGCAUGCCAUCGUAAUUGGUCCAGGCUUGGGUCGUGAUGAAUGGAUGCUAGAAACCACUGCCAGAGUAAUCCAGUAUGCUCGAGAAAAGGAAAUGCCUAUGGUAAUUGAUGCGGAUGGUCUCUUUUUGAUUCAACAGCGCCCUGAAGUAGUGAGCGGGUAUCAUAACGUAGUUUUGACGCCUAACGUCGUGGAGUUUAAGCGUCUUUGUGAAAAAGUAAAUAUUGAAAGCGAAGGCCCUGAUGCCUGUCACCAAUUGGCUAAAAAACUGAAUCUUUUGAUUAUCCAAAAAGGUAAAGAAGAUCUAAUUUCCGACGGAGGUACGACUUACGCUUGCUCUGUUCCCGGGGGAUUAAAACGUUGUGGUGGUCAAGGCGAUAUUCUUACAGGGAUUCUUGUUACCUUCCUUGCUUGGCGAAAUGCCUAUUUGAAUAAGCAGUGGGAUAUCGAAGGCGACAUGGAUGCUAAAGAAUGCCUGUUUUUGGCAGCAUAUGGAGCCUGUGCCACCACUAGGUGGUGCAGCCGUGUAUCAUUCAAAGAAUGUGGAAGGGCAACACAGUCAAGUGACUUGGUUCGUCAUGUUGGACAUGUUUACAAUGCUUUAAUGGACGAUGAAAUUCCUUCAACUGAGCAGAUGGUCAAGGAAUAGAUUUGAAACACAUUAUGAGCAUUGCAACGAUAUAAGGAUUAUUAAAUUUUAUAAUGAUAGCUACGAUCUUUAGAUGAUUAUGCAAGUUUUCUCUUGAUGUUUUGAUACUUUGGUUAAAAAUUGAUGUUUUUUAAAAUACAAACGUGUGGUAGUGGGAUGUAUUCACUAUGGACCCCUCUUUGAUGUCUUAAUGAGCAUAGUUAACAUUUAACCCUUCUGUGGACUUUGCAUUAUACAUGAAAGAUAGCUUGUUUUUUCGAUAAGAGAGUUACCUGCCGAAUAUAUUCAUAUAUUGUAAAAGUCACGUAUCUGUCAUGCAAUAAUUUUAAGUCUUUAAGUGUUCAAGAGAUGGGCCUAUACGUGGAUAGCAGAAAAAUACGAAUAAAAAGGACAUAAGAAUCGAAUAGCACAUUACAAACUAGAUAUCAUGAAAGAUCGGUAAACCACACAUCUUCAAAGUAGGAAACACGGCAGUCUUUUGCGAAACAAAGGGCUAAAUAAAAUAUGAUAACAAAAUGACUGCUAAGGAAUCCAAUUAUUUUGAAAAGACAGUAAUAACAGCAAAUACAGCGUAAAAU